AGAGCUGGAAAAAUGGCGGCCGGUUCAGGGGCUGCAAGCGGGCACGGAGCCCGCAGUUCCAACGCUGGUCUGGAAGCGUCUUUAGACCGACGGUUUCAAGGAGUAUCCAACACUAUGGAGUCAAUACAGGGACUUUCAAACUGGUGCAUUGAAAACAAAAAACACCACGGCAUUAUCGUUCGCUACUGGAUGAAGUGGCUCAAGAAAUCUGACAACCCUCAUCGCUUGAAUCUCUUCUACCUUGCCAAUGAUGUGAUACAAAACUGCAAAAGAAAGAACGCCAUUGUCUUUCGUUCGUCCUUCGCAGAAGUCCUUCCUAACGCUGCUCAGUUCAUCAGAGAUGUAAAGGUCCGCAGGUCAGUGGAAAGGAUUUUUACGAUUUGGCAGGAGAGGAGCGUAUAUCCCGAGGAGGUCAUUGCCCAGUUCAAAGCCGGCAUGAAACAAAAAGGAAAAGGAGCGAGAGAAGCAGAAAGAAAAAGAAAAGAAGAAGGAGAAGCAAAAGCAGAAAGAGAAGGCAAAAGACAAAGAGAAGGAGAAAGAAAAGGAGACUCCAGCGGCAACUGCCCCAGCGAACACCAAAGCUGCCCUCAAGUCCAAGAUUGUAGCAGAGUUCACACCCCAGUCCUUCAUUGAGCAGUUGUCAAAAUUUAAGCAAGCCGUUGCAGAAGAGGAGUUCAGGGAGAAGCAGCUGGCAGCUCUCAGGGUGGAUGUCUGCAGCACGGAGGCUCUAAAGAGACUUAAAGACAAGGCAGGAGGAAAUAAGUUUGCGAAAGAUUUUGAGGAUGGCAGUCUGAAGUUGCAGGAGUUUGUCGGCUUUAUGGAGACCGAGUUGAAAACAGGGCCUCCUCUGCUGGAAGCUUUGGGAAACGCAGAC